UUUAAACAAAAUCUAAUAUUUCCAAGAGAGUAUCCCCUCCGGCCACCUAAAAUGAAGUUCAUCACAGAUAUAUGGCAUCCAAACAUUGAGAAGAAUGGAGACGUGUGCAUUUCAAUUCUUCACGAACCUGGAGAUGAUAAAUGGGGUUAUGAAAAAGCCUCUGAGCGCUGGCUUCCUGUGCACACAGUCGAGACUAUUUUAAUCUCUGUCAUCAGUAUGUUAGCAGAUCCCAAUGAUGAAAGUCCAGCAAAUGUUGAUGCAGCGAAAGACUUUCGUGAGGACUAUACUGUCUUUAAAAAGAAAGUAGCGCGUUGUGUUCGAAGAAGUCAAGAGGAAUAGGAAACUUAGGAUUUUAACUUUAACCCGGUAAGUAAAAUAAAAUCUUUCUUAUUAAAAUCAGUAGAGAGUUUGUGUUGAAUG